CCCGCACUUGGACUACACUCGGAGCGAACGACACACAGACUGAUGUUAUGCACACCACGGCCGAGUAUAGAUGGGCGGUAUGAGAGGCGUGGAUGUUACAUUGCGCUCGACAAAGGCUGCAUGGGGGUCAGGCACCAGCAUGCUGGCCGCAGUGCAAUACUCAGAGUAUUAGUACAUUUGGGACACCUGUGCUCAAAAUGCUUGGUUGUGAUACUGUCACUGGUGACGGGUGGGCCAAGCGCUGUAGCUGCAAUGGGUAUGUGGUGAGUGGCGCCUUGCUAGCUUGCUUUUGCUUCGUUCUUUUCUCUUCACACACACAUACACACACAUCCCUUAUUGUUAAUCAUGUACCAUGUCGCGGUACUGACCCCCUCAUGGCACGACGAAAGCACGAUUUCAUUUCACUUUUCUUGUUUCGUUUCCGGGUACUAUCUGCAGGUUCAUGUUUUCUUUUUUUCUUUUUUACGAUAGUCGGUUUCGGGGUAUAAAAGAGGUGUGCAAACAGGUGUUCAGGAAGACGCAGGCAUGGGUACUGGGCACUCUCAUGGUUAUGUAUGUGCAUGGCGCAUGAGGGUUGAAAAAGCAUCUGGUCUUCCCCCUCUUUGCCCGUUUUGGCCGUUUCUGGCCGGGCUGCUUGGGUAUGUGUGCCGAUGGG